AUGUAUGUUAAUUCAAACUUCAUUUUUCCUUUCCUUCAUCUUUUACAGUCUCUCUUUUCCACUUCUUUCUCAAACCCCACUUCUCUCUCUACUUUCUUAUUCUCUCCUCACUUUUUCUCUCUUUAUCUCGUUUGCUUCUUUUCAAAAACAUCUAUCUAUCUAUCUAUCUAUCUAUCUAUCUAUCUAUCUAUCUAUCUAUCUAUCUAUCAUAGUCUGUUCAGAUCUAUCUAUCUAUCUAUCUAUCUAUCUAUCUAUCUAUCUAUCUAUCUAUCUAUCUUAGGCAUCUGUUUACAUAUCUCUCUAUCUAUCUGUCUGUUCACAUCUUUCUUUCUCCUCUCCGUCUAUCUCUCUAUCUCCGUCUGUUCAUAUCUAUUUAUCUUAGUCUGUUUACAUCUCUCUCUCUCUUUAUCACUGUAUGUUCAUAUCUAUCUAUCUAUCUAUCUAUCUAUCUAUCUAUCUAUCUAUCUAUCUAUCUAUCUUAUCUGCUCACAUUUCUAUUUCUCUCUCUCUCUAUCUUUCUGUCUGUUCACAUCUCGCUUUCUCCCCUCAGUUUAUCUCUCUAUCUCUGUUCAUAUCUAUCUAAGUCUAUUCACACCUCUCUCCCUCUCUUUAUCACUGUAUGUUCAUAUCUAUCUAUCUAUCUAUCUAUCUAUCUAUCUAUCUAUCUAUCUAUCUAUCUAUCUCACUUUAUUCAUAUCUAUCUAUCUAUCUAUCUAUCUAUCUAUCGCAGUUUUUAACAUCUAUCUAUCUAUCUAUCUCGCAGUUGUUAACAUCUAUCUAUCUAUCUAUUUAUCUAUCUCGCAGUUUAACAUCUAUCUAUCUCGCAGUUGUUCACAUCUAUCUCAGUUUAUUCAUAUCUAUCUAUCUAUCUAUCUAUCUAUCUAUCUAUCUAUCUAUCUAUCUAUCUAUCUAUCUCACUUUAUUCAUAUCUAUCUAUCUAUCUAUCUAUCUAUCUAUCUAUCUAUCUAUCUAUCUCGCAUUGUUAACAUCUAUCUAUCUAUCUAUCUCGCAGUUGUUAACAUCUAUCUAUCUAUCUAUUUAUCUAUCUCGCAGUUUAACAUCUAUCUAUCUCGCAGUUGUUCACAUCUAUCUCACUUUAUUCAUAUCUAUAUAUCUAUCUAUCUCACUUUAUUCAUAUCUAUCAUCUAUCUAUCUAUCUCAUUUAUCAUAUCUAUCUCAUCUAUAUAUCAUAUCUAUCUAUCUAUCUAUCUCAUUUAUCAUAUCUAUCUAUCUAUCUAUCUAUCUAUCUAUCUAUCUUUCAUAUCUCAUUUAUUCAUAUCUAUCUAUCUAUCUAUCUAUCUAUCUAUCUCACUUUAUUCAUAUCUAUCUAUCUAUCUAUCUAUCUAUCUAUCUCACUUUAUUCAUAUCUAUCUAUCUAUCUAUCUAUCUAUCUAUCUCACUUUAUUCAUAUCUAUCUAUCUAUCUAUCUAUCUAUCUAUCUAUCUCACUUUAUUCAUAUCUAUCUAUCUAUCUAUCUAUCUAUCUAUCUCACUUUAUUCAUAUCUAUCUAUCUAUAUAUCUAUCUAUCUAUCUAUCUCACUUUAUUCAUAUCUAUCUAUCUAUCUAUCUAUCUAUCUAUCUAUCUAUCUAUCUCACUUUAUUCAUAUCUAUCUAUCUAUCUAUCUAUCUAUCUAUCUAUCUAUCUGCUUUCUUUUUUAA